UCUCCAUCUCUUCACCCAAUUCAAUUCAACACCCUUCUCUGUCUCUCUCUCUUUCUCUCUCAGCUCCUUCUGAACUCCCAGAAUUUCAAUUCACACCCACAGUGACUAAGAUUGCUUCAGAACCAUCGUCCAUGGCCAUGGAAGCUGUCAACUCUCCCGCCACAGCCGCACCGCCUUUCCACUUCAUGGAGGAGCCCCUCAACUCCCGCUUCAUGGAGCCCUUGACCAAGCGCAAGCGCUCCAAGCGCCCCCACCACCCUCCCACCGAAGAGGAGUACCUCGCCCUCUGCCUCAUCAUGCUCGCUCGCGGCGGCGCCGCCUCCAACCCCAAAGCCCACGCUUCACCCACUACUCCUUCUCCUCCUCCGCCUCCCCCGCCUCCGCUGCAAGAAGCAGCAGCAACGGCGACGGCGACGGCGACCCCGGCCCCCGCCAAUAACUUGAGCUACAAGUGCACCGUGUGCGGCAAGGGCUUCCCCUCCUACCAGGCCCUCGGUGGCCACAAGGCCAGCCACCGCAAGUCGGCCGCCGCCUCCGCAGGGGGCGACGAGCCCUCCACCUCCACCACGAACUCCGGCGCCGCCGCUACGAACUCGAGCGGGGGCGGGCGGUCGCACGAGUGCUCCAUAUGCCACAAGUCCUUCCCCACGGGCCAGGCCCUGGGCGGGCACAAGCGUUGCCACUACGAGGGCGGCGCCAGCGCCUCUGCCAACAGCGGGAUCACCACAUCCGAGGGCGUGGGGUCCGUGCCCUCGCUCGGAUACAACAGCCACCGCAACUUCGACCUGAACGUGCCCGCGCUGCCGGAAUUCCCGGCCGGGUUCCUGGUGUCGGGCGAGGACGAGGUGGAGAGCCCCCACCCUUCGAAGAAGCCGCGUUUCUUGAUGCCCCUGAAGAUGAAGCUUCCUCAAGAACAGUGAAUCUUUGCUUGCGCUUUUAGAAUUAGGAGUCUCAGUUAUCUACUAGCUGGGUAGCUUUGUGGGAUCUUUAAUCUGGAAUUCUUGGUGUACAUAUGCACGGCUCGAUCCAGUGUGGAUGUCAGUUUGCCUUAGUUUUUUCAUUCUUUCGGAGUUGUUGUAAUACACACAUGAAUUCAUCAAUAUUCAAUAUUCUUUUUGCAUUC